AUCAACUUCGACAAAGACGAAAAAGAAGAGAAAGUCGGAAAAAGAUUAGUGAUUGGCUGCACGACAGAUGGAGACGAAGGUCUCAGAUAUGAACCUGUCAGCUUGUCCAGUGUCUGUGUUGUGUAUUCUGGUUAUUAUCAAAUUAGAACGUCUCUGUCCUUCUCAACUGUCUUUUGAGAAGUGACGUUUCCAAUCCCGCGAACAACUUUACGGAGCCAUAUUGUUAUUGCCCGCAAAGUGCCCCACAGCUGCUGCCUUGCUACUGACAGAGGCAAAGUUGAAAGGGUGACAAAUCUGGAAUUUUAUCUGGGAACUACAGGUCACUCCAGCUUUACUGGCAUACGUUGUCUUUGCGAGGUGAAGUAAAGAUGGUGGACCGGCUGGCGAACAGCGAGGCGAACUCGAAGCGCAUCGCGGUGGUGGAGGGCUGCUUCGGCACGGCGGGUCAGCCACUGGCCAUCCCAGGCCGCGUGCUCAUCGGCGAAGGGGUGCUGACCAAGCUGUGCCGCAAGAAGCCCAAGGCGCGGCAGUUCUUCCUGUUCAACGACAUCCUGGUGUACGGCAACAUCGUCAUCCAGAAGAAGAAGUACAACAAGCAGCACAUCAUCCCCCUGGAGAGUGUCACCAUCGACACGGUGGAGGACGAGGGCGAACUGCGCAACGGCUGGCUCAUCAAGACGCCCACCAAGUCCUUCGCGGUCUACGCCGCCACUGCCACGGAGAAGUCCGAGUGGAUGAGCCACAUCGGCAAGUGCGUGACCGAUCUGCUGGCCAAGAGCGGCAAGGCGCCAAGCGGUGAGCACGCCGCCGUCUGGGUGCCCGACUCGGAAGCGACCGUCUGCAUGCGCUGCCUGAAGGUCAAGUUCACGCCGGUCAGCCGCCGGCACCACUGCCGCAAGUGCGGCUUCGUGGUGUGCGGCCCGUGCUCGGAGAAGAAGUUCCUGCUGCCCAGCCAGUCGUCCAAGCCUGUGCGUGUCUGCGGGUUCUGCUACGAGCAGCUGUCCCUCGGUGCGGGGCUGCACACGGUGCCGCGGCCCGACCCGUACGGACGCUCACCCGGCAACAACCUGUCUGAUGACGACGACGACGACGACAGCAGUGACUGAGAGACCGGCUAAGGUCUGGUCCCACUUUCACCUCCCCCUGGUGUCCCUCCUAACCCCCCAGCCCGGCCCAAAGCUUGGUUUUCAUGAACAUUAAUGUCCACUCAGAGCUUUUUGACUUAAUUCUGUUCACCCUCCCACCCACUCACACUUAUUUUGACAUGAGCUAAUAUAACGCUUUUGCAGCUCGUCCUCUUGCAGGACUGAUAUAAACUCUCUUAUUCACUUCCAACAUGCCGUGUUACAGUAAAUUUCCAAAUGAAUUGUUGAAGUCUACCAGUCGUGAGGACGGCAUCCUUGUGGUGAUGGAUUAAUGAAAUAGGUGCAGUCCUCCAUAAAGACAAAACACUAGGCGGAGCCCCCUGCUUCCCCCUCACCCCCUAUACUACUCCAGCAGGCUGUGUAUCUCUGCACAGUCUCACUACAGGAGCGGGAUUGCUCCCGCUGCCCUUUCCCAGAACCUCCCACAAGCACCACCUCGCUCUCCUCUUUCUCGGCAGAGUCCAUCCAGCCUUUUGGUGUGUGGCGGUGAGCAGCUUUCGUCCCCUCAGGCUUUUUGCGUUUGUGUUUUCUGUUUCGCUACCUUUGGACCUUACAUGGUGCGCAGUGGCUGCCGCCAUGCCGACAUUACGGCAGGGAAGAGCAUGGUGGUAGUGCUCAAGCACAGGCUGUAAAUAAUCUCUCGCUCUUAGCUUUUUGCCGUAUGACGACGACAUUGAGAAGGUGCACUCUAGGUGUCUAGAUUCAGAAUCGGAAUCAGUAUUUUUGUACCGUCUACCUUCCUUUUUAUAGAACAGAGCUUCUCUACCUUCUCUGUCCCCAAGGCACCUCUCAGUCAUAUUGCCCGGUAGAAUGCAUCCAAGUGCAUUUUAGUCCUGAGUAGAUAAUGCCAGUCAAAUGAAUACUUGCUUAAGACAAAUCAUUGUGUCACUUUGGAGACUGCUAGCUCUUAAAAGUGUUUGUGUGAGUUUGUGUGUGUGGUUAUUUUAUGCAGGUUCCCCAAACUAAGCCUAUCAAUGGCUUUACCGCCACUGUGCCUUCUGACCCACCAGGGGAGCAAGUUUAUUCUUCUCAUUUUUCAGGGAAAGUCCAGUUAACAUAGUAAAAGUGAAAGCCAUGUUUCAGUCCUAGAAGAAUCGAGUCCAUGGACCAUGGCGCAACAUGAGUGACGCUUGCUUCACUAUGUUUACCGACUCCUCUAUGUUGUGGCUGUAUAUGAUGUGGAUCUAGGGAUUUGAAGAGUUAUAGAUUAGAAGUCUAUAUUUGAUAGCACAGUUUUAUGGAAACCCCUUGUCAGCUUUAUGUAAAUCAGCCAGAAAAAAAUUCAGGUCUAGGCCUAACGCCUAGAGUAGGAAGAGGAAGACAGUAUGUGGGCCUCUAGUCCAGAGACGUGCAGUGGUCUCUGCUGAUAGCUAGUUGUUGGUGUUGGUCAUGUAGAGGAGACCCAUGGUGCUCUAUUGCAUCAGCCACAAACGUUGUUCUCGUCCAAGCAUCUGGCAGAGCCCAGGCCUGGCGCUGCGUCACGUCACAGCAGGGCCUCUUACUCGGGAGGAAGUGAGCGUAGUGUCGGAGGAAGCGCCCGCUGUCAGUCCGAUUUGAAAGCCGUCCCCCUUUCCCUCCCUUCUCCCAGCUAACCCUCAUUGGGUGUCUGUGAGUGUGAGAGUGUGUGUGUAGGUGAGUGGGCAGGCCUGUAAGUGUGUGUGUGUGAGUUUCUGUGUGAAGCUGUGGUGAACUCGUGACUCUUCAAACAGGAAUCGAGACAUGCGAGCAGAUGUUGUUUUUGAGGAAGCAGCGUUGCGAAGCCACAACACUCCUUGCGUUUAAGUCGACGCUUGAAUGCAUUACUACAGUGAUUGGGCCCGAUAUUACUUAACUCAUAAACCACAGGUGACUGUGAACAUCCAGUACAGAUGCUUUUAACCCUUAAAGGUGUACCAUCACACCGGUGUGACGGGAAUGUUGGAAUGUUGGAAAAUGAAUGUUCUAAAGAAUAUCUGGGUUCAUUGAAUUCAACAUAGAAUUUUAGGACCUUCAGUUGUUGCGGAAUGGAAUCUUAUGGUAGAAUGUUCAAAAACCCACACCUUUUAAGGGCUAAUAUCCUCAAAAAGGAACCAUAACUGUGUGUAAACGUCAUUAUCUACAAGCGAAAACUGACAUUGAAAAGGGAUACUUUGUGUUUGUUUUUAAAAUUAAGAGCAUUGACUGUUAGAACUAAUAUGCAAGAAGAUGUUUGCAUUAACACAGAACUGAUAUUUGCUGUCUGCUGUUUACCAUGGAAACAGUUCUGUCAGCUUCUGCUUGUGCACACAAAACCUCACAUGGCUUUUAAAAACUAAUUCAUAUGGGUUUACGGAAAUGUAUCUCAGACUUGAUGAUCUUGCUGUCCUAUGUUUGAACUGGUUUUAAUGUUAGUAAUUGACUUCAGGUAGUUAUGAAGUAAUUUGUCCAAGGAAUUAACAGGAACAAAGAGACCAAAACUGAAGUGUGGUCUGGAUAAAUUUUACACCAGAAACUAUUCAUGCAUGUUCAUUUAACCCCCACACCCCCCAAACCCUCACACACACACACAUUUUAACUAAAAUCUUACAUUAAUCCAGUUCUUCAUGUAAGAUUACCGGUCUCAGUCUUGCCAGUGUUGUAAAUUAUGUACAGAUUUUUUUUUCUUCUCUAAUGUAGUUUGAAUUUCUGCCCUUUGAACUGGCCUCACAUUCUGGAACGACUGUAAAACCAGUACUUCUCUUCUCAAACUUUAACGAAGGAAAGGUUCUUGGACCAAGGGACUCGUGUCCACAAGCCUUUCAGAACACUGGAGAAAAUGGCCUUAAGCGCUACCAAAGGGCAAAUAGAACCGGGACUAAAACCCAAAUGAACUCUUUGGACCCAAAGUGGAAAGGAUGCUAGACAGCAAAGGUGGAAUCUGCAAAACCUGAGAUGACGCGUUUUUGCACCUAGACUGUGAGCAAUAAUGUUCGGGACAGAAGAUGUGAGGGAAAUGAUGCAUUUAAAAAAAAAACUUGAGUUGUAAUAUGUACUGAACAAUAUAAUUUGUCUUUUUUUGGUUGUUUGGAUUAGUUGGAGUGAACCAUUCAAUUUUAUUGUAAUUUAAAAAGACAAAAUCCUU